UUCAAUGACUUGUAUACUUCCUAUGUCAUCUUUUGUAUCCUUCUUAUGUCGGUGGUGAUAUUAGUAAUAAGCGUCUUCAACGUUGAAUUUUAUGCAGUUGUGCCGUCAAUACCAUGCUCUCGAUUAGCACUGAUAGGAAAAAUUAUUCACCCUCAGCAAGUUCUCCAUUCGCUUGUUCAUGCUGUAAUGGGAAUGUUGGUUGCUUGGUGUGCUGCAGUUAUGACAAAAGGGAAGUUCCAGUUUCUUGCUGUGCCCUGCACAUGUUCAGAAAGCCUAGAUGAUGCUGUUCCUCAGAUGUGUCUAAAUGAGUAUCACCUCUUUUUUCUACUGUCUGGAGCUUUCAUGGGAUACAGCUAUAGUCUCUUGUAUCUUGUUAACAAUAUGAACUAUUUGCCGUUUCCAAUCAUACAGCAAUACAAGUACUUACGUUUCAGACGAUCUGUGCCUCUCCUCAUUAAACACAGUUGCGUGGAAUCACUGUAUCUGGUUAGAAACUUCUGUGUUGCAUAUUACUUUUUUGGUUAUGUCCCAAGGGUAUGGAUAAGUACCACAAUGGAUCUUCAUAUAGACAGUAAAUUGCAUCUUCUUGACACUCUGACUGGCUUACUGGAUCUCUCCUUGCUCUACCAUGCCUGGUUGUGUGGAGUAUUUCUCCUGAUUACCUGGUACAUUGCAUGGUUACUCUUCAAAAUUUAUGCUACAGAGACGCAUCACUUUCCUGUCCAACCAACUUUUGCUGAGGAGACAGACCAGUGCCUACCUAAAAUUUUAAACAGCAACCCUCCGCUCAUUAUAAAGUUUUUAGCCUUACAAGACUUGAUGUUACUUUCUCAGUAUUCUCCUGUUCGUCGACAGGAAGUCUUUAGUCUUAGUCAGCCAGGUGGGCACCCACACAACUGGACUGCAAUAUCAAAGGAGUGUUUAAGCCUUCUGAAUGAUCUGACCCAGAGGCUGAUCACACAGCAGGAAGCUGCAGCAGCAAAUGGGAGAGCAAAGCAACCAUCAGGAGAACUGAAAAUAUCUCCACAGACUCCAGGAGCCAUUGUGACAGAAGACAUGUCCUUCCAGUUACAGAGGUCAAAUGUCAUUCCCAGAGCCCCCAUGCCUUCCCUGGUUAAAUCAUCCCUGUUGCCUUUAAAGAUGUCACCUGGGUCUGAUAUUGGUACACCUUUCAGUUCACCUGUUUCAAAUUGCAAGGUGGGAGUUCUGGAUUUAAACUCUCCUUGGCAUGGAUCAGUCCAAAGUCCUCAUGUUAUGAGAAGAGGACCAAAGCUGUGGACAUCACAUUCAGAUCUGCAAAUGAAUGGUUCUCACCAAGAAUCCUUUCCAGUGCUCUCUGUUGCAAGAGCUGGCAGUGAAGCAGUACAGCCCAGCUUUAUUUACACAUGGCUUCAGAACAAGCAAGAACAGAUAAAAAGCUUCUUGUCAAAACGAGUGCUGAUAAUGUAUUUCUUCAGCAAGCAUCCAGAAGCCUCCAUCCAAGCUGUCUUUUCCGAUGCCCAAAUGCAUAUCUGGGCAUUAGAAGGUCUAUCUCAUUUGGUAGCCUCCUCAUUUACUGAAGACCAAUUUGGAGUUGUCCAAACUACGCUGCCAGCUAUUCUGAAUACUUUACUGACUCUUCAGGAGGUUGUAGACAGACAUUUCAAACUGCCUCAUGUAUCUAGCAAACCUCCCAGGAUUUCAGGAAGUCUGGUGGACACAUCCUACAAAACACUACGAUUUGCACUUAGAGCAUCUUUGAAAACAGCACUGUACCGGAUAACUACUGUCUUUGGAGAACAUUUGAAUGCAGUGCAAGUGUCUACAGAACAUAAGAAAAGACUUCAGCAAUUCUUGGAAUACAAAGAAUAAAUAACUUUUGAUACAGCUACAGUUUGUGUUCAGCACUCUUGGUAAGAAGAAAAUGGGACUAAUGAGUUUCUAUCUUGGCUAUUUGGAAAAGCAUGUGGAAAUACAAGUCACAGCACAAAACUCUUAGAAUUGUGCAGAAACUCUUCUGGUUUUGGGUCAGUUCAUCUUUUGUAUAAUAAAACUUUUAAAACCUCA